UGGCUGCAAUAUAAUGGGGGGCCAAGUAAAAGGAGCACCACAGCCAAAGUGGCCUUAUCCAUCACACCCGAUCACCAAAAGGUCGCUUCUCCUCUCUCUCUCUCUCUCUCCCCAUCUAUCUCUCUCGUGCUCGCUCACUCGCUGAUCGAACGAACGAUCCAUCGAUCAAUGGAUCAGUCGAGCAAGGAUAAAUCGGAGCAGGGUGGGCCGACGUGGGCGGAGCUGCUGGGGAGGGACGACUGGAAGGGGCUGCUGGACCCGCUGCACAUGAGCCUCCGGCGGCUCAUCUGCCGGUGCGGCGACUUCAUCCAGGCCACCUAUGACACCUUCAUCAACGAUCAGAACUCCAAGUACUGUGGCGCCAGCCGCUACGGCAAGAAGGACUUCUUCCAAAAGGUGAUGAUGGAGAAUGGCGAGGACUACCGCGUGGUUGGCUUCCUUUAUGGCACGGCCCGUGUCAGCGAGGCAGAGACUCUGAUGUUCCAUUCUAUGUCACGCGAGGCUUGGGACCGGGAGUCCAACUGGAUCGGCUUUAUCGCGGUAACUUCCGACGAGAAGAGCCAGCAGCUGGGUCGCCGCGAGAUCUAUGUCGCAUGGCGUGGCACAAUCAGGGACUACGAGUGGAUCAAUGUGCUAGGCGCAGCGCCCGAGUCCAUUGAGUCACUUCUCAAUACCAAAGAUGACAACAAUAAUGUGGCCAAGGGAAAUGGUGACAAAAGUAGUAGCAGUAGCGAUGACGACGAUGACGAGAAAGUUCCAAAGGUCAUGAAGGGUUGGGUCACGGUCUACAUAACCGACGACCCGAAAUCCUCUUUCACAAAACUGAGCGCCAGGACCCAGCUCCACCACAAGCUCACCGAGCUGAGGGAGCUCUACAAGGGCGAGAACCUGAGCAUAACCUUCGUAGGCCACAGCCUUGGGGCGAGCCUGUCGAUCCUGAGCGCGUUCGACGUGGUUGAGAACGGGAUAAGGGACAUCCCCGUUGCGGCUUUCGUGUUCGGAUGCCCGGGGGUCGGGAACAAGGCCUUUGAUGACCGGUGCAAUAGGUACCCGAACCUCAAGUUCCUCCACGUGAGGAACAAGAUCGACCUCAUCCCGCACUACCCAGGGAAGCUGCUGGGGUACACUGACUCGUGGGUGAAGCUCCAGAUCGAUACGAGGAAGUCGCCGUACCUGAAGGACUCGAAGAACCCGAGCGACUGGCACAACCUGCAGGCGCUGGUCCACAUCGUGGCAGGGUGGACCGGGGAGAAAGGUAAGUUCGAGCUGAAGGUGAAGAGGAGCGUGGCAUUGGUGAAUAAGUCGUGCGACUUCCUAAAGGACGAGUGCUUGGUUCCGGGGGCCUGGUGGGUGGAGAAGAACAAGGGGAUGGUGCUCAAGGAUGGAGAGUGGAUCAUGGAUGAUCCGGCCGAAGAGGACCGACCCGUCCCCGAGUUUUGAGCGCUCGAGACGAAAAGUUGUAUGUAGUAAACACGAUUGUUUCUUCAUCGGUUCAACCCCUCGGGCAUUGGACGCUCUGAAUGUAUGUUAACUCGUAAGCGUAUAACUUUUUGGAAGGAGAGCCGAUAAUGCGAUUCUAUCCUGUUAUCAUC